AUGGAUCAUUCCGAUGUUCAUGUCAUCGCCAGACACACUGUUCAGAGCGCUGAUCUGCCAGUGCCCAUAUCGGCAACCUCUACAAAUACGACAUUUCCCUUUCUCCUCGGUCCAUUGGAUCACCUUGGCUCCCCUGGCAUACCAGUUGGCGUUGUUUGGGUGUACGAGCCCUCGAGUACAUGUCCAAAGCCUGCCCCAAUCGAGACGUUGACCUUGGCUCUGAGCCGUCUCCUGGACUAUUACCCACACCUGACGGGACGUCUUCAUAUUGACGCCUCGAGUGGGAUCCGUGUUAUCAAUCAGCAAGAGACUGGCAUUCAUCUUUACGAAGCAAGGUGCAAUACAUCGUUGUCCAAGUUCUACAAGAUGUCAACUGAGGAGCUAUCCCUUGGUCUCGGCGAUCUUGGUGGAACAUCUGUCGCGCUGAUGGCACCCUGGGAGGUUUCCGAAGAAAGCGUUCAACGCGAACCGUUAUUGUGUGUUCAGCAUACGAGAUUUGCCUGUGGGUCCAUGGCACUUGGAAUUCGACUUGCCCGCGUCAUGGCUGGUGCCGGAGGCUUCUUGCAGCUCUUCCGGCAUCUGGCUGAGUUGUAUCGGGCUGUAGCGGACGAUGGCAUGGAGGAACCUACACUGAAGAACCCACCACAUAUAAUGCCUUUUAUGGUGGAAGAAAUGGCUGGAUAUAUCGCAACCAAAGACACCCCAACAGCAUCUUUGCACCAACCAGCUGGCUACUCUACUGAGCGCAUCGUGGAAGAGCCAGCCUUGGCACGCGACGCUCCAGAAGUCAUAACCCCAGAAGCGAUAGCCCCAGCUUGUCAGGUCAUUGGUCGAGAAAUCCGGUUCACGGUAUCAGAACUCGCAGCUUUGAAAGCAAGUGCUAUGCCCCCCGACGGCGAUUCCUGGGUAUCGACCUUUUCUGCGCUAUCGGCCUACAUAUGGCAGCGCUCCCAGAUAGCGAGACUACGGACACAGGCCUCGGCGCAGGGAUGUGGGGACUUGGCCUUGCAACCAUGUGCGUUCUUUACUAGCGUUGAUUUUUCUUCCAAGAUCAGUCUUCCUCAGCCUUACUUCCCAAGUGCCGUUGUCACGCCAUCGGUCCAGCUCCCCGCGUCGGAACUCGUGGAUGCACCACUCUGGCGUGUCGCCAAGGCCAUACAUGAUGCAACACGUGCCGUCUCUCCAGAGAUGGUGCGAAAUCUGGGAAAUUGGGUAAUAGCACAGCCUCGGAAACAGGAUAUCCGACAAACAACCACAUUUGGAACCAACUCAGUAAUUACCACGGCUUGGAACAAGCACUCUCUCUAUACAGGCGCAGAUUUGGAUAUCCCACCAACCAUUGCAUGUGUUCCGAUUACUCCAACCAAUCUUGUUGAUGGCCUUGGGUUUUUCCUUCAACCGCGAGAGGGGAAAGGGGAUAUUAUUGUGGCUUUAGCGUUAAAGCAGGCCGUUUGGGAAAACCUGGAUAAUGACGCGAACUGGCGUGUCACGACCCGUGGUUCCGUCCAUCCUGUUGCGGAUAGUCGGUAG